AUGGAUGGAGUUAGAAGAUUUAUUGAACAAGCACGUAAUCACCUAGAUGCGGAUGGAAAAUGUCGUUGUCCUUGCAAAAAAUGUUUGAAUUGUUUUUUCCAUCAUAUAGACAUUGUUGAGCGUCAUAUUUUUGUUAGAGGUUUUAGCUUAAAUUAUAUAAACUGGAUUAAUCAUGGCGAGGAGGAAACCGAUACUACUCCCAAUGUACAAGAUGAAGACUAUGAUGCAGAAGGAGAAAAAAGUGACAAUGAUGACGACAAAGAUGAGAUGGUGGAUGCAUUAAAUGAUGCAUUUCUGCACGUCAAUCCAUGUUCAAUGGAUGAUGGUGCAGAAAUAAAUGAUAUUGGGGGCUGCGAAGAAGAGACACCUAAUUUAGAAGAUUUGUUCGCUGAAGCGGAGAGGGAGUUAUAUAAAGGAUGCACAAAGUUUUCCACAUUGACUUUUUUGGUGAAGUUACUUCAUAUAAAAGUAUUGAAUCAAUGGAGUAACAAGUCUUUUGAUAUGUUGUUGAAGUUACUUCGGGAGGCAUUUCCAGAAGGCUCGAGAAUUCCCAAGUCUUAUUAUGAGGCGAAGCGGAUGAUGCAGAAGCUUGGGUUGGGAUACAAGACCAUCCAUGUGUGCCCGAAGGAGUGUGUGUUGUAUUACAAAGAGUACAAAGAUUUGAAGGAAUAUCCGGUAUGUGGUCAUAAGAGGUAUAAAAAUUGUAAUGCAAAGGAGAAAAAAGUUCCCCAUAAAAAAAUGCACUACUUUCCUCUCAUUCCAAGAUUGCAGCAUUUAUUUAUGUCUCAACACACCGCUGAAUAUAUGAGGUGGCACAAGGAACAACGUUUUGAGACAGAAAGAGUCAUUCGACACCCUACUGAUGCGGAAGUGUGGAAGGAAUUUGACAAACAAUAUCCGGAUUUUGCAGAUGAACUGUGUAAUGUCAGAUUAGGUCUUGCUUCUGAUGGUUUCACGCCGUUUGGAGAUAUGACAAAUCCAUAUAGUAUGUGGCCAGUUUUACUGGUGUCUUACAACAUGCCCUCUUGGAGAUGUAUGAAGCAGGCACAUAUCAUGAUGUCGACAUUAAUUCUGGGACAGAAGGCACUGGGGAAAGACAUAGACAUUUAUUUGAGACCUCUAAUUGAUGAACUUAAAGAGUUAUGGGAGAACGGCGUUAGAACGUACGACAGUAAGAUUUGUUAUAUGGGACAUCGCCGUUAUUUAAGUCUGGAUCAUGCUUGGCGCUCCAACUUGAAUUUUGAUGGUUCUGUUGAAACAAGAAUGCCUCCCGAAUCAAAAACGGGCGAGGAACUAUUGUUAGAGCUAAGCAAGCUGUGGGUUCCUAUGCCGGGAAAGGAUGUAGCAGUUCAUGAAGCUGACAUGAAAAAAAUGUCAGAAGCUGGGUACUCAAACGAUAGUAAUUGGAAACGGAAAAGUAUCUUUUGGGAGCUCGAGUAUUGGUCGAAACUUAAGUUGCGUCAUAAUCUUGAUGUAAUGCAUAUAGAAAAAAAUAUAUGCGAUAACUUGGUGGGAACCGUGUUAGGAAUAGAUAGCAAGUCAAAGGACACCAAAAAAGCUCGCUUGGGCUUACAAGAGCUGAAUAUAAGAAAGGAGUUACACUUGGAUGGUAAGGGGAAAAAGCCUCCGGCAUGUUUUACAUUGUCUACUAUGGAGCGGAAAGCUUUUUGUCAAUUUUUGAAAUCAGUCAAAUUUCCCGAUGGAUAUGCAGCAAAUUUGACCCAAAAUGUCAACAUUAACGAUGUUGAGGCUUGUCAAGAGGAUGAAGAAGAUAACAAGCCUUAUCAAGAAGAGUUAUCAAAUGAGGUUAACAUUUCAUUUGACACCACAAAUGUUAAUGAAGCUCCCUUAAAUCAUAUGGAUAUUGGGCCACUCAAAAUUGAUGGUUUCACCAUUGAUAUUUGCAUCGAUCCCAAUGACGAAAUCGAUGAUGAAACAGAAGAGGAAAUUGAAACGGAAUUCAAUGGAGAAGCCGAUGAUGAAAUUGAUGGUGACACCGAGAAAAUUGAUUCCGCAACUGAUUAUAGUGAUUGA